AUGGCAAGAAGAAGGAAGAAAAGUAGAAAAAGCACUGGUUCCUCCAGGAAGGAAGAACUGACUUCAAGUGUUGCUUCCAAUGUUUUGUACGAUCCUAAAAUUUAUGAAGCGCAAAUUGGGAUACUGAAAAAGAAAAUUAAUGACUUUCAGUACGUGAUCGAUAAUUUUAAGGAUCUUAUUCUCCAAACAACGUCUAAAGUCCACAACAUUGAAUUAGAUGGCAAGGGACUUAUCACAUAUUUACAAAACUGCAUUCAAAAUAAAGAUAGGGACAUUGUUGGUUUGAAACAAAAUCUAAACACUUUACUUAAAAGGAUGAGUGAAAAGCAUAAAGAACACAACAAAAUUGUAGUCAGUCUGAGGCUUGAAAUCGAGGCUAUUGAAGAAAAGUUGAACUCAGAGAAAGCAGUUUUGACGGGAAAAGUUGAGUCUCUCGAAAAUUUUAGUGUUGAGCGAGCUCAACUGCAAUACAAGACAACAGAAAUACAAAAUUUAAUCGAAGAAACAUUGGAACUCAAUAAGUCCAUAUAUCAUGAAAAGGAUUUAGAACUGACUGUUUCUCAAGACCGAUUAUUCAAAGAGAUGUUAAGCAGGGUUUCACACUUGGCUGGCGAAUUUCGAAUCGGCACAGAGAAACGAGUUAAUAAAACAGAACGUCGAACAUUAGAAUACAAUUAUAAACUUAAUGACAAGUUGGCAAACCUAAGCAACAAAAUAUCCCAUAUCAUGGGCAAACAUAAAUCUUAUAAACAAGCUACAAGACAAUUGAAGCACGAUAUAAACGUACUACAGGAACUAAGAGAUCAAAUGCAUAAAAACUGGUCGGAUCAUGUCAAAUCUUUAAAAGGUUCAGUAUCCAAUUGUUUAGAAAAAGAACAGAAAUUAUCUUCAAUAAUGAAAUCAUUUACAAAAAUUCGACUAAAUGAUGAUUUACAAACAUUAAGAUCUAAGUACGAGCAUACAUUAUUUGAAUAUGAAGAAUACAUGGAUCUGAAGGAUAAAGAACUUUCUCGUUUGAAACAAUUAAUUAAAGCUAGGAACAGUCUGUGUCAAUUAGUGUUUGAUUGCAAAACUGCAUUAUGGGAAGCCUAUGAAAUGUCAGAACCGGAAAAUGCUAUGAAACUGAAUUUAACUGAACGAAUUCAACGUCAUGAUCAUUUAUUGACUGCAUUCUUUAUCUUAAUUUAUACAUGUGAUCAGCUCAUUUCACGUAUUACCCCAUAUCAAAUUGGGGACUUUCGAUUAAGUCAAAUAACCAGAAGUAUACCCUCAGCAUCAAUAAAGCAGUCAUCACGUGGUAAUAAGGUUAUGUUUAGUAAUUCUCUGCAUACAUUUUCUAGUUCCUCAUUGGCUAAAAGUGACAACCAGACUAGGAAAUUUUCAUCAAAUAACAAUGAAUCUAGUGGAUCAUUGUUGGAUUCAUGUGGAAAAGAUUGUGAUUCAACAUCGAACUUCCCGUUAGCAUUAAAAUUUGGUUUAGAACCAAUAGACGAUGCAAAGCAAAAUAUUUCCACUACUAAUUUAAUUAAAGAAUUAUCAAAAUGUUCACGUCAAUCAGUAAGACAAACUAACACACCAGUUUUACAUUCAAUAGCUGUGCAAACUGAUUCAUUAUUCGCAAGUCAUAAACAACUAUCAAAUUUAUGCAAAAAGAGGAGUUUAAACAAAGCAUGUUUUGCAAGAAUUAGUCGUGGAAUUUUACAACUUCCACUGAUUAAUUCAACAAUUCUAGCACCAAAGGAAGAUUAUGAUGAAUUGUACAGAUUUAAUAUACAAUCAACUUAUAAACACAAGUCACCUAUACUACCAAGUCUAUACAAAUUGGCUAGAAUGUAA